AUGGCACAAGAUAUUGUUACUCCACCAGUUCCUUUUGAUUUUGAACUCUUGGUUGAUGAUCCCGAUCACCUUAGAACUGUCAAAGCCUCAUCCAGCAGGAAAGACCCAUGGAUUGAACCUGAAAGGUUAAAGCUCAGACACAGGAUUGGUCGAGGACCCUUUGGUGAUGUUUGGUUAGCAACUCAUCAUCAAUCAACUGAAGAUUAUGAUGAGUAUCAUGAAGUUGCUGCCAAGAUGUUACCUCCAAUCAGAGAGGAACAUAUGAAGACUGCAUUAGAGAAAUUUUGUGAAUUAUAUUUCAAUUGUCAAGGAGUGCCUAGGGUGUGCUGGCUACUUGGGAUUUCAAUUUUAAAUGGAAGGAUAUGCAUCAUUAUGAAUUUUUAUGAGGGAUCAGUUGGUGACAAGAUCGCCAGACUCAGAGAGGGAAGGAUUUCAUUGCCUGAUGUUCUGAGGUAUGGUAUUGAUCUCGCUCAAGGUAUUCUGGAACUUCACUCAAAAGGGAUCCUAGUUCUCAACCUUAAACCAUCCAAUGUGCUUCUCGAUGAUACUGAUCAAGCAAUACUGGGAGAUGUUGGUAUUCCAAAUCUUCUGUUUGGUUCCUCAUUCCUAAGCUCAGAUACUGCCAAUAGGCUUGGUACUCCAAAUUACAUGGCUCCAGAACAAUGGCAACCAGAAGUGAGGGGCCCUGUAUCCUUUGAAACAGAUUCAUGGGGAUUUGGGUGCACUAUUGUGGAAAUGUUGAUUGGUAAUCAACCUUGGUAUGGGUGUCCUAUUGGUGAAAUAUACCGAUCCGUUGUUGAGAAGUAUGAAAAACCCCAGAUUCCUGAUGGCCUUCCUUCUUUAGUUGAAAAUGUCCUCAGUGGUUGCUUUGAAUAUGAUUUGAGGAAUCGCCCUUCAAUGGUAGAUAUUUUGGCUGUCUUUAGAAGCUCGUGGAAUGCAGUAGCCAAUGAUGGAGGAUGGAGAUAUCUUGGAAUUCAGAAGACUAUAGCAAAAUCAAGUAGCACUGGCUACACACAGUGGUCCCUCUCCAAGGAUCAUCUUCAGGUGGGUGAUACAGUGCGCUCUAGAAAGCCUUCCAAUUCAUGCAAUCCACAGAACAUGGAGGUCCCAGAAGGAAAUGUUGUUGGUAAUGCAGAUCAUGGAUUUGUUUUAGUGAGGCUCCAUGGAGUUCAUGACCCUGUAAGGAUUCAUGCAUCGACUCUUGAACGUGUGACCAAUGGUCUAGGAGCUGGGGAUUGGGUGCGGAUGAAAGAAGAAGAUGACAAACAUUCGCCGGUGGGUAUUCUUCAUUCUAUCAAUCGUGAUGGCAGAGUGACUGUCGGAUUUAUCGGCCUACGAACUCUUUGGGAAGGAAACUCUUCAGAACUUGAAAUGGCAGAAUCUUACUGCGUGGGGCAGUUCAUUAGGCUGAAACCCAAUGUUUUAAGUCCCCGAUUUGAAUGGUCGCGCAAAAGGGGAGGUGGCUGGGCUACUGGUAAGAUUUCUUGGAUCCUACCAAAUGGGUGUCUAGUUGUCAAGUUCCCAGGCAUGUUGAACUUCUGGGAUGCACCAAGCAGUUUCUUGGCUGAUCCCUCUGAGGUUGAUGUGGUUAAUUUUAAAAGUUGUCCAAAUAUGAUAGAGAAGUAUCAACAUGUAGAGGAUCACCACUGGGCAGUAAGACCUCUUCUAAUUGCAUUUGGCCUUCUUACUACUGUUAAACUAGGGAUGUCAAUUGGAAAGAAAAUUGGGAGGAACAUGAAUGUGAAUGCAAUGGAGAAUCAAAGUCAUUAUACCGAUAGCCAGAAUGCUAGCAGCCCUACAUCUACAUGGACAUCUUCAGUUGCUAACAUCCUUUUCAGAGAAGGUGUUAACUUGCCCACUGGUCGCUAG